UUCAUUCUUUUCUUAUGUCACUAUGAGGCGUCACCGCUCCCGCUAAAAUAAUUAUUUAAAGUGAUUAUUAGUGUUUUUUCUUAGUGUUCUUCAGUUAUUUUAGGAAUAAAAUGGGAAAACACAAAGAUGUGGACAAAGAACUAAGGAGAUUGAGGAGAAAACUUCAAAAAUUGGAGGAAAAAACCAAAGGGCCUUCACGAAGCCGGUCAUCAAGGUCCCGAUCCCGAUCGCGACACCCGUCACCAAGGACUCGCUCACCAAGUGUACAAUGCCACACCCCGUCUCAUAGUGCAAUACAACAACCUUCAAAUAUCCAAAACAUAGAAAUUUCUCAAGUGUUGGUAGAUGAAGCCCCUGAGACAGUACCAAAUGAGACAGAGGAGAAUGGACAGCAGCAAGAGACUGGACUUAUGGAAAUUGACACUGAUAUUAUUUCUGCCAUGGGCGCUGUCGAGGAGGGGCCUGUAAGUGGCCCUUCAGCUCACAAUGAGAUUGUGCAGCGCUGGACACCUAUUCUAAGUAAAGGUCUGAAAAAAGAAGACAAGGCUAUGUUGCUAAAAGAAUAUGCCCCUUUUCAUAACAUACCUGCAAUGGUACCUCCAAAAUUGAAUCCAGAGUUGUCAGCUGCCGUAUCGGAGCCCGUAAAGAAAAGAGAUAUGAUUAUAGAGUAUAGACAGAAAAAUGUAGCUGCUGCCCUAGCUGCCGUUGGUUGUGGCUUAGAGAGCUUUAUGUUUUAUAAUAAAGUUGAGGGAAUAAAAAGAUUCAAUGAUGCUGCGAAGAUUUUAUGUGACCUAUUGCAUAGUGAGACUCAGAGCAGAAGAGCUCUUAUUGCAAAUGUCAUUAACAAGGAGUUAAAGGAGUCCUUACAGGGUAGCCCUGAUGCAUUCCUCUUCGGUGAAGACCUCACUGAAAGAAUCAAGGUGGCCAAAGCAGUCCAAAGGUCUGCUCAGGAUCUGGGCACUACACCAGCUGUUGUUAAACAAAACAACACCAACCGUAAUCAACGUCCUUUAAACUCGCGGGUCCCUCCUCAACCAGGAUACAGGCGCUUGGGGUUCAACAAGACGAAGACCGAGAACCACCAGAGUGGAGGAGGGAAGAAACCUUACUCUCAAAAGAAAACGCGACGACCACCGCCGCCACCCCGACACCAGCACGAACGGAGUUACCAUCCACGCAAAUGAACCUACACCUAGAGGUAGGCAGAUUACCUUAUUUUAAAGGAAUAUGGGAAACAAUUACAGAUGACCCUGUAAUUCUUAAUUGGGUGUCUGGAUAUUCACUUAAUUUCAUCAAAACUCCUUGUCAAAAAGAUACCCCACUUAAUAAUAAAUUUUCUCAAUCUGAGACAAUUCUUAUUAAAAAGGAAAUUGAUGAAUUACUUAGAAUUAAGGCUGUUGAAAGUUGUAUACCAACACAGGACCAGUUUUGCUCAUCCAUAUUUUUAGUACAGAAACCAAAUGGAGAAUACCGUUUUAUUUUAAACCUUAAAAAACUAAAUCAAUUUAUGCUACCUGAACAUUUCAAAUUAGAAGAUUACCGUACAGUUUGCAAGUUAUUACAGAAAAAUGAUUAUAUGGCAACAAUAGAUUUAAAAAAUGCUUAUUACAUGAUAAACAUAGAGCUUAAAUACAGAAAAUACCUCAGAUUUUAUUUUGAUGGCAAAUUAUACCAGUUUACAGUCCUACCAUUUGGUCUCUGUACAGCACCUUUACUGUUUACAAAAAUUUUCAAACCCAUACUCUCUGUAAUAAGAAAAAGAGGAAUAAGAGUGGUACAAUACCUUGAUGAUACCUGCAUCAUUGCAAAAUCAUAUUCAGAAUGCAAAAAUCAAGUAAAUUACAUUCUUAAUCUUUUUGAAAACCUGGGUUUUUUAGUAAAUUAUAAAAAAUGUAAUAUUAUACCUAAAACAGAAUGCAAAUUCUUGGGGUUUAUUUUCAACAGUGAAUAUAUGAUAAUUUCAAUUGACCAGGAAAAAAGACAGAGAUGUGUAGAGUUACUUUCAAAACUUAAACAUAAAAUUUCAAUUAGGUUUUUAGCUCAAGUUUUAGGAACACUAGUUUCUGUUUGUCCUGCCAUUAGAUAUGGCAUGUUAUAUACCAAACAUUUAGAAAGAAUUAAAUAUUUAUCACUUUUGUCAAGUAAUGAUAAUUUUGAAAGCAUCAUAACAUUACCUAAUAGUUGCCAAGAAGAUAUAGCAUGGUGGCUUACUAAUAUAAAAACAGCUAUGUGUCCUAUAAGGAAAAAUAAAUUUGUUUUAGAAAUCGAAACUGACGCGUCGCUUACAGGAUGGGGUGCAAGAUGCAAUAACAAAACUGCUAGUGGCCCAUGGACACAAGAAGAGGCAAAGCUCCAUAUUAACAUGCUAGAACUUCAUGCAGCAUUCUUAGGUUUAAAAUGCUUUGCUAAAGACAAGCAUGAUUGUGAAAUACUAUUGAGAAUUGACAACACCACUGCGAUAUCAUAUAUAAAUCGUUUAGGUGGAAUCCAACACCAACAUUUGCACAAUAUUUCAAAAUAUAUAUGGCAGUGGUGUGAAUCGAAAAACAUCUGGAUUUAUGCCUCUUACAUAAAUACUAAGAAUAACUUAAUUGCAGAUUUUGAGUCCCGAAAGAAAAUAGGUCAUACAGAAUGGGAACUUGGUAACAAAUAUUUUAAAAUAAUAGUUAACACUUUUGGAAACCCCGAUAUAGAUUUGUUUGCUUCACGCACAAAUACAAAAUGCGAAAAAUAUGUGUCUUGGCAUCCUGAUCCUGAUGCAUUUAAAGUUGAUGCAUUUACAUUUUCUUGGUCAAAAAUGUAUUUUUAUGCUUUUCCCCCGUUUUCAAUGAUUUCUAAAACUAUUGAAAAAAUUAUAGUGGAUAAAGCCAAAGGUAUCAUGGUAGUACCAGAUUGGCCUACACAACCAUGGUACCCUAUUUUUCAAAAACUCUUAAGUAGUAAGCCAUUAUUAUAUAAACCAAACAAGAGUUUACUGAAGUUAUGUAAUUCCAGGUCAUUUCAUCCACUACAUGGGAGCCUAACAUUGAUGGUAAGACAGCUCUGCGGCGCAGCUUUCUAGAAGCAGGUUUAGAACAAGAAGCUACAGACAUAAUGCUCAAUUCAAUAUCUAAUAAUACUCUGAAGCAAUAUUCCCCUUAUAUAAAGGAUUGGAUAACAUAUUGCUAUGCAAAUCAGCUAAGUACAUUAAAACCUAGUAUACCAGAAAUUAUAUCUUACCUAACUAGUAAAUUUAGAGAUGGUUUGUCAUAUGGUAGUUUGAAUUCUACCCGGUCUGCCCUGUCACUAUUUUUAGGCUCUCAUGUUGGCACAGAUUGCAAUAUUAAAAGACUGUUUAGAGGAUUCUUUAAGUUAAGGCCAAGUCAGCCUAAAUAUGAUUACACAUGGGAUGUGUCUAAAGUAUUAAAUUACAUGGAAAAUAAAUAUACAACUUGUGAUAAUUUAGAAUUGUGUUCAAAAAAGGCUGUAACUCUUUUAGUUUUAGCUACAGGCCAUAGGGCCCAAACAAUAUGUGCCAUUGAUAUAGAUAAUAUUAAAAUUGAUUCUGAUUUUGUGUUCAUACAAGUAGAUAAGAUUCUUAAAACAUCUGCACCUAAUAGGAUGCAACCUUUUAUUAAGUUACCAUUUUUCACAGACCGACCACAUGUCUGUCCGGCUAAGGCUGUCAUUGAUUAUUUGAAUAUAACUAAAAAUAUUAGAGGUGAUUUUAAAAACCUAUUCUUAUCAUUUAAAAAACCUUAUAAACCUGUAACUGUCAGUUCAAUCAGCCGUUGGAUAAAGUCUAUGUUGCAGGAAAGCGGUAUAAAUAUUAACACAUUCUCUGCACACAGUACCCGACAUGCGUCUACCUCUGCAGCACUUCAGAGGGGUGUCUCUAUUGAUGAGAUCCGAAGAACGGCUGGCUGGACUGACAGCUCAACUUGCUUUGCUAGGUUCUAUAACAGACCUAUACGCAGUGAAAGCUUUACAGAAGCAAUUCUUCGCUCUUGAACAGGGAUUAAUUAUUAAGUAAAUAAUAUUGUCCAUUAAGUUAAGUAGUACUUAUAACUUAACAGAAAAUUAUUAAAAAGAUCUGAUUGUACAACA